AAAAGCCACGUCUGCGGAGCUGCAUGAGGAGUCAGCUGACAGGAGAAGAAGAAAAAGGAGCAGAGGGAGUAGGAGGCUUUUGAGGCAGCAGGAAGGGGGCGGUGCUUCCCUUAUCCUUGCCAAUGAAGUUUCUCAAUGUUGACUUUGACCCUGUGGACUUAGCUGUGAGGCUGCCGUGUUCCGUACAGACUGCUCGCAGGUUGGGAACAGACUGAACAGGGAUUUUCAUCAGCAUGCAGAGUGUACCGGAGGAGGAGAGGGAGUCCUGGGAUGACACACCAGUAGGUUAUGAACAGAAGCUGGUGAGAAGCAGAGGAGACUCAAAGUUGAAGAAUGGAGAGGAAGGAAUGGAGAGAGAGGAGAGAGAGGAGAAAGAGUCGAUGAUGAUGGAGCUGACAAGGCAGGUGCAGAAGAUGGUGAAGGAGAGCAGCUGGUGGGAGAGGAGGGGAGUAGACUGCAGCACCUUAGCAGCAGCAUUCCUCUGUCUGCCACCUGCCUUCCUGUUGUUGGGCUCCUCUCAACUGUUGUGGUUUUCGUUGGGCAUGCUACUGAUGGGCGUGGCUCAUGCCGUCAUCACUAUCAAAGGCGCACAUCUGGCCAGCCACGGGGGUUUCAGCGAAUCCCAAGCCUGGAGUAAGUUCUGGGCUGUCUUCAUCAUCGAGGUCUGUGGCUCAUUCUCAUCACAAGCUGGCAUCCAUGGCCACAUUAAGCUGCAUCACGCUCACACAAACGUCAUUGGAUUGGGUGACUCCAGCGUAUGGAAGGCCCCCUUCCUGCCUCGCACCAUCUACCUGUUUGUAGCCCCUCUGUCCCUGCCUGUAAUCACUCCUCUUGUUGCCCUCGCUCAUCUUAAGGGACAUUCUUUCAUCCCUGUGGUUAGGACGGUCCUGAUGGUAACACUGGGCCUGUAUUCACAGUUCUGGCUGCUCAUCAACAUCUCUGGGUUCAGGUCAAUGCACAGCACGUUGCUCUGCAUGCUGGUGUGUAGAGCCAUGUUCUCCGUGCCUUACAUUCAUGUCAACAUCUUUCAGCACAUCGGUCUCCCAAUGUUUUCUCCAUCCGGCCGACCAAAGAGGAUUUUCCAAAUGACCCACGGCGUCCUGAACCUACCCCGUAACCCUCUGCUGGACUGGAUAUUUGGACAUUCACUAAUCAACUGCCAUGUGGAGCACCAUCUCUUCCCCUUUCUAUCAGACAAUAUGUGUCUGAAGGUGAAACCUGUUGUGUCCAAGUACCUGACUGAGAAGAAGCUUCCAUACCAGGAAGACAGCUACCUAUCCCGCCUGCAGCUGUUCUUCCAUAAAUACCAGGAGCUGAUGGUGUUUGCUCCCCCCAUCACAGAGCUGGUUGGGGUGCAGUGAUGGAGAGGGGGUGGUGGGAGAAACUAUUUGGACUAUUCAUUUUGAAUCACAAGCCUUUCUACAGACCAGUUGCAGCCUCGUGUAUGCAGGAUAAAACAGCCGCAAGCGCACAGCAUAAGCACAGAAUCAAUAUGUAGUUCUAUUAAAUCAUGAUUGAGUAAUUGUUUUUUUAAAUAUUAACUUAAUGAAUAGUG